CUGGCCAAAUCAUUUCUUCUUUCGAUCUUAUAUCUCUACUAUCUGCACCUCCAAGUCUCCUCUACUUCCUUCUUCCCAUCCUUCUCGGACUCCCUGUCUACUUCGCGACCAUUGCAAGCUCAAGCCAUUUAUAUAACCAUUUUUCACGCGCGCAAACCCAAAACGACCCCGAGUCAUCUGCAACCACAACAGUGUUCCUUCCGUCUUUUCACCCUAGACACGUCUUCUCACCUACAUCGAAUCUUUGUCAUCUAUAUCGCAGGCAAACAUACUAAAAGUACACAAAAUAAUAUUCAAGAGAAAGAUUUGCGAGAUGUUCAGAAAUCCCCGGGUGGUCGCACCUGAUAGCCCUCUACCUGUCAUACCGUGGGGGCAGUUUGCAAUGCAUCAUCUAGGUGUCCCAACUGGGGCAGGCACGGCGGCUCAGAUGCUCGAAGACUUGGGAUUUAUCCAAGUCCCUCGUGUUCGCCGGAUCCCCUUUGAAACUAUGGGUUCUCUCCCAGAUCUGCAAGCCGUUCUUGGUGAGAUUAACAAAGGCUAUGUACGCCUAGACCGUUAUUGCACGUCAUUCCGAUCCUCGCCUCAUCUUCCUUUCAGCGGGGACCAAAUCUUCUCCAUUCCCAACUCCUUCGCGCAUUUACCGCUGGAUGAAUCUGGCCAGAUGAUUCAACCAAAGCAAUAUGAAGUGUAUGGCAACUUAUUCUAUCCGCUUGAAACAGCGUUGGUUGAGAGCUUUGUUAAAGGAGUUAUUCAUGACAUUGAAGAGGUUGUGUAUUCGUCUUGGGUCAACGAUGAUAUCCUCGAUAACCUUGCGGAUCAGCGGGCAGUAGAUUGGUAUAGCACGCAUUUUGGUCGGAUUCACCAGGCCCAGUAUGGUGCAUGAGGCCUCCGGAUUUCAAAACGCCUUGGUCCUGGAAAAGAAAUGCCAGUGGACAUGAUGAGAAAUCCUAUCGCCUAACACUUCUACUUUUUAGAGUCGGCGAUGAGUUUUAAGAUUCAAAUAUUUAAAUGAAAAAAUAGAGGGUUG